ACGGACGUUCUGGAACGCUGUGUUUGUAUCCCAUGGUUCGGAAGACAGAACCCUGAGCAACUGCCAGCACUUCUACUGCCUAGAUAACAGAUUCUGCCAUUUCCUGAAAUACACAUCAAGGAGUUUGCAUUUGUCAUGGGUGAUGUUCGCACUCACUUGACACCAGAAACUCCAGGCCGUACUGCAAUCUUGAAUCCGUUUGAGAGCCCAAGUGAUUAUUGCAGCUUGCACGAACCAUUUGUUUCCAGUCCAACAGUGUUCAAACCUACAAAGUCUUCAGCUACUCCACGCCAGUUUAAAUGGUCUAUCGAUCAGCUUGCUGCAAUAAACCCUGUUGAGAUUGACCCAGAGGAUAUUCAUCGUCAGGCUCUAUUUUUUAACCAUGCAAAGACUGAUAAAGACAUAGAAGAAAGGAGGCAAAAAGCUAUUGAAGAGUUUUUCACUAAGAGAACAAUUGUUCCUUCACCUUGGACUCAGCAUGAAGGGAAGCAAGCUGCUCAGUUUAAUUCAACCAAAUGUGUUGAUCUUAGGAGUGAAUCCCCUGUAGGGCGAGUACAAGCCAUUCAGCCAGGAAGAAUCACAGUUGGUUGUCAAACGCAAUUGUCCUUACCCAUUGAUUUUAAUUUGGAGAAAGUGUUGGGUGAAUAUUUUAGAGUUGAUGAAAAUGCAGAUCAAUCCCAGGAAAAUUUAAGCUCUGCAUCUCUAAGGAGAAAGUUGUUUUUAGAUGGCCAAGGGAGUUUAUCAGAUAGUUCAUAUCCACCGUCUCCCCAGACAUCAUGUGAUGUUCCAGCAGCUUCACUUGGUGUUUUGUGCUCGUUAGACUUGUCUCCUGUCCGUUGCAGAAGUCCCACACAGACACCAAGUUCGGGUCAGUUUUCUUCAAGUCCAAUCCAUGGUGGUAAAAGAGCAUAUAGUUUGGGGAGUAACACCAGCCCAACCUUCUUUGAACAAACUCCAUCUAGAGUUAUGUCGCCAUCAUUUUCUCCUAUAGCUGUUCAGACGGCAGAGGAGAAAAGACUUUCUUUUCCUUCACCAGAAACACUUUCUGCUUCAAAAUCCAUGGUUAAUUCUUGUGCCAGGAGCCCUUACAUUGAAGGAUGUUCUCCAAUCAAAAACCCUUUCCAAAUCCGGUCAAGACCAUGCAGAGGAAAUUCUCAAUACCGAACUUCCCUGUUUCAGAUUCCAUUUACCCUUGACAAUCAAGAGGAAGACAAAGAAAACUCUCCACCUUCCAGCAUUUUGUCACCAGAAAGGGAUGUGGAUUUACAUUUUCAAACCUUGGAGAACUAUCCAUUUGAUGCCCAACUAGUACAGGACAGUAUGCCCCCUGUUCUCCCUGAACUGCAAAGUUGUCCACAAACAUGUGAAGAGCUGAAAGACAAUGACACUGUAGAAAUGGUUGAUCCUGUGGAAAAUGAAGACCCCAUGUGGGACAAGGACAUUGGAGUGACAGACAAUACACCUAUGUCAAGCUUUACGAAUGGAAUAACCUUUAGUGGUGAAAGUUCCCAUAUGUGCAUGUCACCUCUAGCUGAAAGUAGUGUCAUUCCAAGUGAGAGCAGCAGCAUCCAGGUGGACAGCGGUUACACAACACAAACCUAUGGGUCCAGUAUUAUCGAUGGAAUUGAAAGUACCUCCAAAGAAAACUCUACUCCUUUUCAUGAACAUCAUCAACCCCAACAUUGUAAAGUUAAGGAGUUUUCUGCUGCUGACUUGAAAGGUUAUAAUGGAUCCCAAGAGUCUAAAUCUCCAGAAUGGAAACUGUACUCUCAAAAACCUAGUAAAUUUGUUCCACAUUCAGUCAGUGCAGGCACAUGGAAAAUGUCCAAUGACUACACAUUCAACAGAUUACAUAGCAAUGUAAGACUGCCAAGCCCACCAAAAAUGCUUGCUGGAAAACACUCCUCUCAUCACUUGCAAUAAUUGAAAAAUCUCAGGAAAAGAAGAACAUUUUUAUGGUGAAAGGGAAAAAAAAUGUGAAUAGUGGUGACACAUACAAUUUGAAGUGGUCGAAACCUUUCGGAGUGUUGUAGAAUGGAUCUUCACGAUGACUUUUCAAUAGGAAUCAGUGUUUCAUCUUGAAUAAACCUGAUCAAAUUUGCUGAAUUUGAUAUAGCAAACUAAAUGUUCAGGAGAAAUAUCAUGGCUGGACUCCCACGCUCUGCAGUUU